AGCGACGACUUAGUCGUCUCCGCUGCCGGCGACCAGUUCUCAUCCGGCCGGGUCCUGCCAGGUCGUGUGGAGCAGCCUCGCGCUGGGGUGCGGGUGCAGGCGCGGGAUCCGCGGAGUUGCAGUCCGGGCUCCAGGCGGGGCAGUGGGGAGACGCAACCGGUCCUGCUCUGGAGUGCUUCCAGCCCAAACAAGUCUUUGAGGAGGGCAAGUGGAAGUGCGGUUUCGGGAAGAAAUGUCUUCUAUAAAAAGAAGUCCAAAAGAAGAAAUCAUUUCCCAGCUUCACUAUUCAGCUGCAGAAGGAGAUAUUGCCAGGUUAACAGUAAUCCUCAGUCAUUCUCCAUCUCUUCUCAAUGAAACUUCUGAAAAUGGCUGGACUGCUUUAAUGUAUGCUGCAAGGAAUGGGCAUCCAGAAGUUGUCCAAUUUCUACUUGAGAAAGGGUGUGACAGAUCCAUUGUCAAUAAAUCAAGGCAGACUGCAUUGGAUAUUGCUAAAUUUUGGGGUUAUAAGCAUAUAGCUAACUUACUAGCUAAUGCUAAAGAUGGGAAGAAGCCUUGGUUCCUAACCAAUGAAGUGGAAGAACGUGAAAAUUAUUUUAGCAGGACACUACUGGACCGAAAAAGUGAAAAAAGAAACAAUUCUGACUGGCUGCAAGCUAAAGAAAGCCAUCAUACCACAGUUUAUAUCCUUUUCUCAGAUUUAAAUCCCUUGGUUACUCUAGGUGGCAAUAAAGAAAGUUCCCAACAGCCGGAAGUCAGGCUGUGUCAGCUGAACUACACAGAUAUAAAGGAUUAUUUGGGCCAGCCUGAGAAGAUCACCUUGAUUUUCCUUGGAGUAGAACUUGAAAUGAAAAAAGAGCUACUUAAUUAUGCUGGGGGUGUCCCAAGAGAAGAAGAUGGGUUGGUUGCCUGGUUUGCUCUAGGUAUAGAUCCUGUUGCUGCUGAAGAAUUUAAGCAAAGACAUGAAAAUUGUUAUUUUCUCCAUCCACCAAUGCCAGCUCUUCUGCAACUGAAAGAAAAAGAAGCUGGGGUUGUAGCUCAAGCAAGAUCUGUUCUUGCCUGGCACAGUCGAUAUAAGUUCUGUCCCACCUGUGGAAGUGCAACUAAAAUUGAAGAAGGUGGCUAUAAAAGAGUAUGCUUAAAAGAAGGCUGUCCUAGCCUCCAUGGCGUUCACAACACAUCAUAUCCAAGAGUUGAUCCAGUAGUAAUCAUGCAAGUUAUUCAUCCAGAUGGGACCAAAUGUCUUUUAGGCAGGCAGAAAAGAUUUCCCCCAAACAUGUUUACUUGCCUUGCUGGAUUUAUUGAGCCUGGGGAGACAAUAGAAGAUGCCGUUCGGAGAGAAGUGGAAGAGGAAAGUGGAGUCAAAGUUGGCCAUGUUCAGUAUGUCUCUUGUCAACCAUGGCCAAUGCCCUCCUCCUUAAUGAUUGGUUGCUUAGCUGUGGCAGUGUCUACAGAAAUUAAAGUUGACAAGAAUGAAAUAGAGGAUGCCCGCUGGUUCACUAGAGAACAGGUUGUGGAUGUUCUGACCAAAGGGAAGCAGCAGGCAUUCUUUGUUCCACCAAGCCGAGCUAUUGCACAUCAGUUAAUCAAACACUGGAUUGGAAUGAACCCCAAUCUCUAAGUCAAAUAACUAGACUUUGAGUGUUAAUUGAUUUCUAAUGCCACUUGUUCCUCAAGUGAGAUUAGAAAUAUUCAGCCCUCUGUAGAGUAUCACAACUCAAAAUAUCAUAUUGGCUGUUUGAAAUAUUUUUGAAGUGUACUUUCUAUCUUAACCACAGAAUUCAUGUUUUAUAAAUUACAACAUUGCUUCAAAUUUUGUUAAAUCUGAGUUAGCCUUCUCCAUACUUUUUGUUUUUCUUUGGUUGUGCUCUAUAGUUUUAUCUCACAAAACCAUGUUUCUAAUAAGAAAUAAUUUUGUAAAGAAGUAUAUUAUAAAAAUGUAAAUAAGUGUAAAUUCUAGCACUUCUUACAAGCAUUUGCCCAACCACUAAAGUUCUUUUUGAGAAAUGAGACAAAAUAAUUUGGAUGAAUUUUGAGCUCCUUUUUAGUUUUUUCAUUAUCACAAAAGUCCUUUCAGUUGUCAAUAGUUGAUUUUUGCCCAUCUUCCUACUGUAAUCUUUUUUCUUCUAGUUUCAUUAUUCUAGCAAUGGUACUAUUACCGUGUGUGUUGUGCUAGUCUAUUUUGAUCCGUGUUAAGAAUUGUCCAUUUAACAACUAUGGUAAUCAGAAUACCACACCUUCAUGAAAGGAGAGCUAAUGAGACCAAUACCAUCGUUUCUAGAACCCCCUCCUUAAACCUAAAUUAAUAUAUCUAUUUAUCUGUUAUACUCAAAAUUGUUCUUAAGACAAAUCAGGAUCUCUGCUUUUUCAAUGAAAUUAAACAUACUUGAAAGGAAUUCUCCUCAAAGAUCAGAUAUUAAAUAGAUCCCAAAUAGAUUUACAUAUUUACUAAAAACACUGUUAUGUCAUUUUGUGAUAAGGAAUGUAUUUGCAUUAUAAAAAGUUAUGUAAUCAUUACUAAUAAUAUCUUAUUAAAUAUGACAUCUUGGUUUUCAACAUAUUCUAAGGCUAUAAAAGUAAGUGUAUCUUUGAACUGAAUAAGACUCUAGAGGAAGUAAAUUGUAGUAGUUCAAAUUUUGCAACAUAGAAUUGUCAUAUUUUACAAAGCUGUUUUGAAUUGUUUUAAAGGGUAGUCCAUAAGUGUAUAAAUGUAUAUGAUUUAGCUCUUUACUAUUGUAUGUUAGAGCUGGAAGAGCCCUUAAGGAGAGUAAAUAUAGUUUACUGCCCUUUUAUAAAUAAGGAAAAGAGAAUCUUAAAAAGUGAAUUUAAUUAAUUUAACCCAUUAAAAUUAAUCCAAUCAAUUAAUUAAUUGAUGAAAGUUACACAAUUACAACUUAUAAUUGUUAAUACAAAUAAGUAACCUAAUUACAACAGUCUGUACUGUAUAACACUGUGUAAGCCUCUCCCCUUAACAGGAAGUAGAAACUAUUACUAAAAGUAUAUGUAGAAUAAAUUAAAAUAAGGCUUAAUAAGAAUAGACUGAUUUACCAAAAAUUACUAAAAUUUUAGAUACUAAAAUUCACUUAAAAGAUAACUUUCAUAGAUAAAACUUUUAUUUUACUAAUGAUCAAUGAUUUUCUUAGUAAUUGAUGUAGGUAUAUUGAUAUUAAGACUUUAGACAAUAAUAAGACUUACACAGAACAUUUAGAUACUAGAUACACAGUAAAAUUUGAAUUAUGUAAGUAUAGGGAAAAUCACAUGCCUUAUUAUGAAGUAUGACUAUUAUGAAAUAUGACUUGAAGUCCAGUUUUAGUGUAAAUGUGUUCUUAAUACUUACAGAUUCUAAGAUCUAGCAACAUAGGAAUUGAAGGUUUCCAUAAUGUUAGGAUAGCAAAGUGAAAUAUAAAGUAUCAACAAAAUGUACUUAUAAAUUCAGCUUUAGAUAUUUAAUCCUGUACUCAGGGAAAAUCAGUAUCUACAUAAAUUGUUGUUUUAAUAAUCUUUCAUUUGCUAACCUCUGAGAGGUGAAUAGCUAUAUGUAAAUAGAAUAGCCAAGAAAUAAUAGAAGUUCAAGUGCCACGAAUGUAUUCUAAUGGAAAUAGAGGUAACUCUACAUUAAAAUAUUUACGUAUUUUCUGUUUUGUGUUAUGUGUGUUUUUAAUAUGUUUGAUAAAUGCCUUCUGAAAAAUGGGAAAACUGUAUUUCAGUCAUCGUAACCAGUUUAUAAUUAAUAAUGCAUAAAUAAAUAAAAAAUAGAAAAGCUUUUUAAAAAGUC